AGUUUCCUCCUGACCGGUAUCUCUGCAACAGCAGGUAACUUGUGUUAAACAACGCAUCGCCCCAGACUCCGAGCCUGUUCCUAGAAGGAGCAGCGAAGGGGGGGUGGGAAAAACAAACCAAACCAAGCGACUCGCGACUGUACGGCACUUUCUCCCAGCGGCGCCUUGCCCGCACUCACCCCAGCCCCAGCGCGCGUGUAAGCGAGCUCCGUGCCCGGGGGAAGGCGAGACUCGCUCGCGGCACACGCCCGUUUCCUUGCACACUGGGGCUUGUCCUUCUGCUGAACUUUCACCUCCCGAACUCGCCUGCUUUCAUUGGAUCGGGCGCCGAAAGAACCGAGAGAGGGGGGAAGCCGCUCGCUGCAGCGCUGCCUCCGAAGCGCUCGCACGCUCGCUGCCCGGCGCUGGCUCCGGACGGGCUCUCCCCGGCCCGCGCCGGCUCUCCUCGCCGCGGGACGGGAACGAGCCCCAGCCAACAGCUGGCUAGCCCCCGCCCCGGCGUGCCCCCUUGGCCCCAGCUCGCUUGUUUCCCCGUCUCCCCCCUUUAGCCGAGCGGCUCUGCCCUGCGCCCCGGUUCUCCCCCCCUCUCUCCUGGCCGCGCCGCGCCGCGCCCCCCGGCUCCUCUCCCUCUUUUGCAACUGCGAGCGCUCCCCGCGUGUGUGUGUGUGUGUGUGUUUUUUUCCUUUGCACCGAGCCUUGUUGUUUACCCAGCAGGUGGAUGUGACGUCAGAGACUCAUAACAGCAAAAAAUAACAACAUCUCCCUCCGCGGGGGUGUUCUUUCUCCCGCCCCCCCCCCGCCGCGCUUUGCCUCCUUCUUCCUCCCUGUCGCCAAACUCCGGAGUGGCCGCGCAAGGCGCCUGGAGCCCAGCCCGGGAGCGGCGGGGGGAGCCGCGGGCCGGGCCGGCCCUGCCAGGCGCUGGGCUCCCCGGGAAGCUAGUCCCGAGCGGAGGGCUCUAUUGUUAUUGAUUGUGCGGCUGUUGCACGCUGUGCCUGCUGCCCGGGCUCGGCGCAUGGGGCUUGCCCGGCUGGAGUGCAGGGAGGGACGGGCAGGCAGACUCACCCGCGCUGGGGGGAGCCCGUAGUGGGCGCCGACAGGCCGUCUCCAGCGGAGCCCAAAGUUUUGCCUGCCGGAGCAGCACCACCCUUUGCUGAGGAGCUGUGUACUGGCGAUCAUUCGCUCAGAGCCUUUCUCACUGCUAUCUCCCGUCAAUCUCCUGAGAACCACUUUCUGAGUGAUUCCAGCUUCCGAACAUGUUUCCCAUGGUAGGGGUUUUGAUCCCUUGCCAGAUUUGCCCUGAGCCAUGAGUGAAUAUGUGUGAUACCCACAAGUAAAACUGUGCCAAUUAGAUUGGAAAAUACUUCAGAAGAACAUCAUCUUUGUGGAUGAAUUUCACUCAGCCAUAAAUAGAGAGGACUGUAAUGCUGUUUUGGUCAAAAGAGCAGUUACUGGAGAUUCCUUCAAACAAUAUGGAAAGAACAAAUGGCAAAAGUGCUUCUGCUCCCUCACACUUCCAGUCUGACAGAUAGCUGCACCAAUGAGAGAGAAGCCAAAACCUUUCAACCCAUAGGAUCUUCAAUGUUCUGUCCUUGGUACUCUGUCCACCUCCGAGGUAAGAAGAGUGACCUUUUUGGGUGGCUGGAACUGAAGAUUGCUUUGCAGAAGCAACUAAAGUAGGUUUUUGAGUCAUGAUGCAAGAAUCUGGGAUUGAGACAAAAAGUAACGGUUCAGCUAUUCAGAAUGGAGCAAGCAGUGGCAACCAUUUACUAGAGUGCAGUCUGCGGGAAGUGAGAUCCAACGGUGAGACACCUUCAGUUGAAAUUGGGGCUGCAGAUUUAGCACAUCUUCAGCAACAGCAGGCUCUGCAGGUGGCACGACAGUUUCUACUGCAGCAACAGCAGCAGCAACAAGUUAGUGGAUUAAAGUCACCCAAGAGGAAUGACAAACAACCAGCCCUUCAGGUUCCAGUGUCAGUGGCUAUGAUGACACCUCAAGUUAUCACUCCCCAACAAAUGCAGCAGAUCCUCCAGCAACAAGUGCUAACUCCCCAGCAACUCCAGGUCCUGCUCCAGCAGCAGCAGGCACUCAUGCUUCAACAGCAGCAGCUUCAAGAGUUUUAUAAGAAACAACAGGAACAGUUGCAGCUUCAACUUUUACAGCAACAACAUGCUGGAAAACAGCCUAAAGAGCCACAGCAACAGCAAGUGGCUACACAGCAGUUGGCCUUUCAGCAGCAGCUCUUACAGAUGCAACAACUGCAGCAGCAGCAUCUCUUGUCUUUGCAGCGCCAAGGUCUGCUAACAAUCCAGCCUGGCCAAGCUGCUCUCCCUUUGCAGCCUCUUGCUCAAGCAUUUGCUGCCUUCCACUUCCAAACUGACCGUUACCCUCAUACACUGAAAGGCAUGAUUCCAACAGAACUGCAGCAGCUCUGGAAAGAAGUGACAAGCUCUCAUACAGCAGAGGAAACAGCAAGCAACAACCACAGCAGUUUGGACCUGUCCACCACAUGUGUCUCCUCUUCAGCACCUUCUAAGACCUCCUUAAUAAUAAACCCACACGCCUCAACUAACGGACAGCUAUCGGUCCACACUCCUAAAAGGGAGAGUUUAUCCCACGAGGAGCACUCACAUAGCCAUCCGCUCUAUGGACAUGGUGUAUGCAAAUGGCCAGGCUGUGAAGCAGUUUGUGAAGACUUCCAGUCAUUUCUAAAACAUCUCAACAAUGAGCAUGCGCUGGAUGAUAGAAGUACAGCCCAAUGUAGAGUACAAAUGCAGGUUGUUCAGCAGUUAGAGCUACAGCUUGCAAAAGACAAAGAGCGCCUGCAAGCUAUGAUGACACACCUGCAUGUGAAGUCAACUGAACCAAAAGCCACCCCUCAGCCUCUGAAUCUGGUAUCAAGUGUUACACUGUCAAAGACUGCCUCUGAGGCUUCUCCACAGAGCUUACCUCAUACUCCGACCACCCCAACUACACCCAUCACUCCUGUCAUCCAGGGACCUUCUGUCAUCACUACCACCAGCAUGCACAACGUUGAACCAAUCAGGAGGCGGUGUCCUAAUAAAUACAAUGUGGCCAUUUCUUCAGCAGAUCUUGCUCAGAACCAAGAAUUUUAUAAGAACGCAGAGGUUAGACCACCAUUCACGUAUGCAUCUUUAAUUAGGCAGGCCAUCCUCGAAUCUCCAGAAAAGCAACUAACACUAAAUGAAAUCUACAACUGGUUCACACGAAUGUUUGCUUACUUCAGACGCAAUGCAGCGACAUGGAAGAAUGCAGUGCGUCAUAAUCUUAGUCUUCACAAGUGUUUUGUGCGAGUAGAAAACGUUAAAGGGGCAGUAUGGACAGUGGAUGAACUAGAGUUCCAAAAACGAAGGCCACAAAAGAUCAGUGGUAACCCUUCUCUUAUUAAAAACAUACAGACCAGCCACACCUACUGCACACCUCUCAAUGCUGCUUUACAGGCUUCAAUGGCUGAUAAUAGUAUACCUCUAUACACUACUGCUUCCAUGGGAAAUCCCACUCUGGGCAAUUUAGCCAAUGCUAUGAGGGAAGAUCUUAAUGGUGCAAUGGAGCAUACGAACAGUAAUGAGAGUGACAGUAGUCCAGGACGUUCCCCUAUGCAAGCAAUGCACCCUGUGCAUGUCAAAGAAGAACCGUUGGAUCCGGACGAAAACGAAGGCCCGCUAUCCUUAGUGACAACAGCCAAUCACAGUCCAGAUUUUGAUCAUGACAGAGAUUAUGAAGAUGAACCUGUAAAUGAGGACAUAGAAUGAAUAUGUCUGACGUCAUUAUCCUGAGAAUGAAGAUUGGAAAAACAUGUCAAAUUUAGCUGCGAAAUCUCUCCAUUAUUGUACAGUCUGGAGGAUUUUCAGUACACUUUGACAACUAUGAAAUAUGUUAACUCUUAGUGCCAUCAAGUAUCCCAUUUGGGAGUAUUUUUGAUUUUUCUACUUUUUGUUGAAAAAAGGAAUUUGUACUCUGUGCAUUGGAUGGACUUGUUUGGUACUUGGGAUUUUCCUCUCUUACAGUCAACAUCAGUGUUGUAAAUUUGCUAAACUGAUUCACUUACUCACAUUUAGCAGCAGGUUUUGGACUGCAGUCCUGCCAAUUUUGGACACUGAGGACAUCAAACUCUGAGCAUGUACACCUAACUGCAGAUCAAGCCUUUGCCCAGAUUUUAAGGAUUCCAAUGGACAAGAUAUUUGCACAGUACUGCAUGUUGGUUAUCACUGCCUUUAGUCCUUUUUUUUUUUUUUUUUUUUUUUGCUUCCAUUUGGGAUGGGGAAGGCAUGUGUGUGCGCGCGCGUGUGUGUGUGUGUGUGUGUACUGGCGAGGGGUUACAAGAAAUAUUAUCCCAAACUUUUUAAUGUAUUGCUUUUAUUCCCCCCCUCCCCCCCCACUUCUGCUCUACCAUUUUAAGUUCUGACCUCAGGCCACAUCUCGGCCCAGGGCCUCUUGAAGGCCUAAUGUUUUCUGUACUUUGUGAUGAAUGUUAAUAGGUGUUUUUAUUAUACGAAGCUGAAUGUCAUUGAAUUGUUUGUAGUUUUUUCCGUCAUUCAUUCCAGUCUCUUUCAGAUGCCACCAUGUUUUCUUUAGCUGUGGAAAACAUUCCAUUUUGGUGUCUGUUUUUUUGAAAAGGUCCCAGAUGCUGCACUGUACACACCGAAGGGUCGUCCAACAGAGAGAGAGAGAAAAGAAGUACUGUAAGAAUGAGAAUGAAUGACAGAUGAACAUAGAAAUACUAUAGGAAGCAACAUAAAUUCAUUCCACAAAACAGGGUUUUUUUAGUUUUGGUUUUUGAUUUUUUUGGCAGCAAUGGUGAAUAUUAGCAAAUGCCACAAAAUUGAACAGCACAAAGAAACAUAUGCAGCACCAACAGAAUUCACUUCAUUAGAGAAUGAAUACUACAGUGGCAGGCUCUCAGUUGUUUAACAUGAGUUUGAAUGGGCCAACAAAUCUUUCUGGAAUAUCUAAGAUUACCAAGAUGGAUAGCUAUACAUUUAUUAUUAUUUUUCAUUUGCAAAUAGCGGUUGGAAAGAUGACUUCAUUAAACUGUUGUAAUACGUGGUGAUGUUUCUCAGCUAAACAUCAGUUCAGGAUUGCUUGGUGGCAUUAAUCUGUUUGAAUACAAAUUAGAUUUCAGAUUGAGCUUGUUACGGCAGUUAAUAAGGACUGAGCCCACUAAUGCUAAAGUGUUAAUAAUUUCAACUUUGCAAAUUCUGUACUGCAGUGAAGAUUGUUAUGCAAUAUUACACCAGCCAGUAUCAAAACCUCACAGUAGAAACCAGUAAAUAGCAGGAUCGGGGGGAAGGAAAUGGCACUGGGGCUUGUUUGGUAGAACUGGCAGUGCUCUUCAAAGCAAACAUUACAUACAGAAAGCUGUUGUUACAGGUCAGUACACCUCAGUCACCAAACACCUAAACACUUUCAUUCUGCAACCACUUUUCUGUCACUCAUUUAUUUAUGUAGGACUGUAGCUUUUUGUUUAAUUAUUAUUAUUUCAAAAAAAGCCUUUCUGAGCUUAAUUUAUAUUCUUCUUUGUACCUUUUCCCCCCUAAAAUUACCAAAGAUAUUACACAAAGGUAAAUUAUGUUCUCUAUUAUAUGCUUUAUCUUAUGAAGCCAAAUAUCCUCUUAUUGUUGAUCAAGGGAGGUUGAAGAAUUUAGAGGGAAAUGACAAGAUAUGGGCUAUUGCUAACCUGAGAGGGAAACUGCUCCUUUAUUCUAGUAAAUUUAGAUGGCCAAGUAGAUGACUGAACCAAAGUUACUUUUUAUUCGUAUUCCUUUACAGCGACCAAACUGAAAUUCUGUAAAGAGAAAUCAAGAAGAGCUUUUGAGGCUAAAACUAGGAAACAGUGUUACAGAGGGAGCCGUAAGAAGGGAGCUGGAGAAAGCAAGUGCAGAUAUUUUGCAGAAAAUUGGAGUAUCAAAUAAAGGAGGCAGUUCAAUAGAACGCAAAAGAGAACAGAAAAGCUCCCAUAGUUUUACUGGACCACAUAAUAGUAUUCCUAGAAUUGAAAAAAAAAUAAAAUAUUUUGGGGUCUUUGUUUUUACAGAUUGUAUGCCACUUUUGUUUAAGGAUUGUGCUAAGAUGACUGCUUUAAUUUUGGUGUAUCUUGGCACAUUUGCUGAGUUUUGUUUAGUUUUUGAUCAGCGUUUUUCAUAAGGAAAUAACACUCCUGUCCACACAUAAGUUUCGGUACAAGAAAUUUUAUUGGCAGUUACUUUUCUGAAGCUCAACUCUGCAUUCUGUUUUUAAAAGAGAGAAAAGAAAAGGGGAAAAAAAGGGCAGUCUGUGGUCAUUUGAAACUUUUUUUUUUUAAUUAUAUCCAGGCAGCUUCAUGAUGUGCCGGCAGUAGCCAGAUGGGGAUCAUGAGAAUUGGUCCCUGUGCUUCUAAACUGAGUGGUUUGCUGGUUAGUUCGGUAUUCAAAAGAGGAUAAAAAUCUGGUAGAUUAGUUCAUUCUCAGCAUGUGUAGCUAGACAUGAGUAAAGAUAACAGCAUGAGAAACUGUUAGUACGCAUACCUCAGUUCAAACUGUUAGGGAAUGAGUAAAUAAAAAAUACAUUUCACUCAGUUGCACUUAGUUGUAUGUCUUGCAUGCUUAGUCUAAAGACUGUAGCAAAAUAAAGAAAGAAAAAAGAGAAAAAGAAAUAAAAAUUAGAUUUUAACAUAUCUGGCAGGUGUCACAGCCUUGCAGAAGAACCAACUGAAAAUCUCAGGCUUUACAUCAAGCAAACUUCACUAUGAUUUUUACAGUUCUGAUUCUGUAUCCCUUUGGAUAUACAGUUGCUUCUUUAGGGUGGGGUUUAUUAUGUUGUACAUAUAUAUCCCAAUGUGUCUGUGUGAGCCUUUGUCUUUUUGGGGGGGAGGGAGGGCGAAAAGGGGAAAAGGUCCUUUUUUUUUUUAGAUACCAUUCCUCAAAAGGAAUAAAUGCAUACCUGUUUGUCAAAACACCUUUUGCUUUUUGUGCAACUGCUUUAUAUUAACUAUACUAAAAAAAAAAUAGCUUUGGAAAAAAAAAACCUACUGUAUGUAAUGGAAUUGCAGAAUAUGCUGCACAUGUAUUUUAUUUAGUUAUCCUUGCUUUAAGAAUAUUGGAUGACAUUUGCUGACAUGUGGGAGAAAAUCCCUGACUUUUUUUUUUUUUUUUUUUUUUUUUGCUUUUAAAUUGUAACAUAGUUGACAGAUUUUUUUUUCUCCUGUUAUCAUUGAUCCAAGCCGCUUUUGUACAGUUUGUGUUAAGCUGGGUUUUUUUUUUGUUUGGGUUUUUUUUAUACUUUCCCACCCCUUCUGUUACCUUACCACUGCCAUUUCUGGCUGUCUUAAACAAAGGUUCGUGCAUUUGAAAAGAAAAAAAAAGUUGUUUUAAAAAUGUUUUUCUCCUGCUGCAGUAAAUAUUUUGCAUGAUGAAUUCCAGGGUCACACUUUCAAAGUUUAUCAGUGAAGUAGUGAUUAAUAAUGGGGCGUGUCAAACUAUUGAACUUUUGUAUAAAGAAAAAAAAACUUUACAAGGUGCCAAGAUGUAAAGACAAUUUGUUACAUGUUUUUUUUCUCAAAGAAAAGCGUACAUUAUGAAAGUAGUACCAUGUAUCAGGUAAAUCGCUGUCAGGAAUGAGAGUCAAAGCCUUCCUUGUCCACAAAGAAAAGUUUGUAAAUGUAAAACCUGUUAGGUUUCUGCAUUUGACUAGAAAUGAUAUGAAAAAUCAAGGCUUAUGUAGAACAACGGUGACCACAAAAUAUUACCUUUUUUGAUUGUCGCUUAUGAGAGUUCAAGUAUAAUUCCCAGCACUCUUCUUAAACUCAUAUUUUGAGGGAGAGAAUGGGGCAGGGUUUGUGAUUCUACAAAUACUGCAGAUCAUUAGAUAUUUUAUAUAUACGUAUGUAUAAAAGUUUUUAAAAUAAUUUUAAACUAUUGUAGUUUUCAGAUUGCCAAGAAGCUACAUUCCUUAUAGCGUGAAGAAUGUGUUAAACUCUUUUGAAAUCCUUUGGUACCUUUGGUUAAUGUACUCAGACUGAAUUUUUAGAUGUUUCAGAAACCACUUAGCAUUCUAGUCUUGAGAGUUAAAUUUGCAGGUAUGACUGCAUUUUAAUGGACCCAGAGUAGGUAACAAAAUAUCUUCUACCCAUAAGCCUUGAUGAAAAUGGUACAGUCCAGACUGUUAGCAUGGUGCUUCAUGUGUAUGUGCUGCCAGUAACGAGAUUUUUUUUUUGAUAAGGCAUAAAAGAAACUCAUUCCUUACAUCAACUGUAAUUCCAUCAUUCCAUGUCUGUUGAUACAGACAAUAAAAAACGUUGUGUAGUCAGUACUAAUUACUGACAUUAUAGCAUUCUCAAAUGCAAUAAAAUGCUGGUUGCUCACACUGGUAAUACAA